AUGACGGCUGAGAGACGACACCCGACUUGGAGAGCCGGAAUCUCCGAUCCGACAGAUGGAGUCCGGAGACGUUUCGAUUUCCCAACACCUGCAGGAGCCUCGGGUAGCAGCGCAAGAAACCCCUUGGCUCCACCAAUGUUUUGUCCCCUUGGCGAACAGACUCCCGCAGCAACCCGAAUCAACAUGACUGAGCCGCCUCGACUCUGUCGGAACUCAAGGCGACAAGCCGACAAAGAGGAGAACGACACGAUCGACAUGGACACCCAAAAAAACGACGGAACCACGAAUUUGCAACAAAACGGCUCAGCUCGGCGAAUAAGCCAAGAAGAGCUCACCUCGGCACUAAACGGCAUUCAGACUGAUGAAGUCACCGACCCGGCUCACGACGACAAUCCAGCUGAAGAAGAGGAAACCCUCGAAUGGGUCGAGCAGGCAGAGAGCGAAGAUGAGCCGAGGAGAGAAGAUCAAGAGCGACUUCGCCAAUCGAAGAGAAUGACUCGCGCACAAACCCCCGAAAUCGAAGAGCUGCGAGCCUCAAUGGCUCGGACAGUGGCCGAGAAACGCGCCAUGAAAUCUCAAGUGCAUAACGCGAUGAGUGCCGCGCCUGAGAUCGAUCAAAUGCUCGAAGAGAUCCAGAGAACACCGUUCACAGCAAGAAUCACGGAGGCUAGGAUUCCCGAGUCCGAGAAAGUGAGAAUCCCAUUCUACGAAGGCACAACUGACCCGAAGGCGCACAUCACAGCGUUUCGGAUAGCAAUGGGACAAGUCUUCACAAGGAACGCUGCCAAUCUGACCGAGCGAGAGGUAGAUGCCGGAUAUUGCCUGCUCUUCGUAGAGCAUCUCAAGGGAGCCGCCCUCGAAUGGUUUUCAAGACAGGAGCGCAAUUCAAUCGGCAGUUUCCAACAGCUCUCCGCUCUGUUCCUCAAGCAGUAUUCGAUGUUCAUGGAUCGAGGAACCUCCGAUGCCGACCUAUGGACACUAUCCCAAGGACCGAACGAAUCGCUUCGGGACUAUAUGGCAAGGUUCAAGGUGGUCGUGUCCAAUGUAGAAGGAAUAAGCGACAAGGCUGCACUCGAGGAUCUGAAGCGGUCCUUAUGGUACAAAUCUGAAUUCCGACGGCAAAUGACCCUCAACACGCCAAAAACGAAUCAAGACACCUUACAUCGGUCGUCAGAUUUUGUCGUAAACGAGGAAGAGAUGAAAAAUCUGGACGAGCAGUACGAAGCGAUGAAAGCAGCGAUCCGGAGCUCAAUCUUGACGCACCCCUCGAAGAAAGGUAACCCAUCAAACAACGCAACAACACAUAGCUCGGAGGAACCAAGAAGCGGAGGCCCCCAGAACUAUCAAGUAUGCGCUGGACGCGGAAGAGGAGAGCCGUGCAGCAACACUUGGGUAAGGAGACCCACUAACUACGGCGAAAAGGCGUUCUGCGAGUAUCAUCAAACCUACGGGCAUUCGACGGCGCAAUGUCGUACCCUAGGAGCCAAACUCGCGGCUAAAAUGGCAGCGGGAGAGCUCCAGAGCAUGGUGAAUCUUAAAGACCUCUUCCCUAAUGAGCCAAAAGAAGGAACCAAGCCGAGCGGCGCGACAGAACCCGCAAAUCCUCCCCAACGAGGCGAUAACAUCAAACGCGACAGGAGAGGUGAACGCGAAGAACGACCCGGGCCAAGACAUAGAAUCAACAUGAUCAUGGGUGGAUCUCAAUAUUACCAUGACAUUGUAUCUUCCAUCAAAGCCUAUCAGCGCCGAGCCGAAGCAAAGGAGAAUUGGACCGAACUGACAGAUAUCCCAAACACGGUGAUCUCCUUCGCCGAAGAGGAAACGACAGGGAUAGAUAAACCACACACCGACCCACUAUUGAUCGAACUGACGAUCAGAGACCACGACGUGGCGAGGAUACUUAUCGAUACCGGGAGGUCGGUAGACGUUAUCUUCAGGGAGUCACUCAGAAGGAUGGGAAUCGAUCUCUCCGAGGUGACGGCAGUCCCUAAACCUCUAACCGGGUUUUCAGGAGAAACAACAAUGACUAUGGGCGCAAUCAGACUCCCCGUGGCGGCCGGUGGAGUCACUAAAAUCUUUGAAUUCUCUGUCAGCGAUCAUCCAGCAAUCUACAACGUGAUUAUGGGGACUCCAUGGAUCAAAGCAAUGAGGGCAAUCCCUUCCAUCAAAAUGAUUUAG